AUGAUUUUGUUACAACUCCUUGACUGUUUGAAAAACAAAGGGACUGGGGACAUCGAAUAUGAAGAAUUAGGACAAAAACUGGGUAAGAGCUUAUACGGCCGACAAUAUUUGAUUGUGAUGGAUGACAUUUGGGGUACGGACGUGUGGGACAGUGUGAAGCGCUUCAUUCCAGAAAUCUCUGGCGGGAGCAAAAACAAAGGGAGGGAGGACAGCAUAUAUGAAGAAUUAGGACAAAAUUUGUAUCAAAGCUUAUACGGCCAACGAUAUCUGAUUGUGAUGGAUGACAUUUGGGGUACGGACGCGUGGGACAAGGUGAAGCGCUUCUUUCCGGUUAACAACAACGGGAGCAAAGUACUAAUAACCACUAGGCCAUCGAACCUGGCUUUGCAACUGGAUGGCCCAGACUACUAUCAAAUGCCAUUUAUGAAGGUGGGGGAAAGUUGGAAUCUGCUGCGUAGGUGUGUGUUUCAGGAACAAGGGUGCCCCCUGGAAUUGGAAGAUAUUGGGAAGGACAUUGCCAAGAACUGCAGAGGCCUUCCAUUGUCAAUUGUCGUGAUCGGAGGACUGCUAGCAAAGUCUGAACAUACACAGGAAAAGUGGCUACACGUUUUAGAAAAUUUAAGAUCAAUCGUGAACUUAGAGGAUGACCAGAGUUGCUUUAAAAUACUAAAGUUAAGCUACAAUCAACUGCCGGUCCACCUGAAGCCGUGUUUUCUUUACAUGGGCAUGUUCCCGGAGGACCGCAGGAUUCACGUCCCCACGCUCCUCAAACUAUGGGUUGAUGAAGGAUUCGUGAAACCGGUCGCUGGAAAAAGGCUGAAAACAGUUGCCAGAGAAGUUUACCUACAUGAUCUUGUCCUCAGAAACCUAAUCUUGGUACCACCUGAAUUUGAAGUCAUGAACGAUAAUACCAACACGGGUCAUCCAGAAAACUCAGCAGCUGCCAACAACCAACUAGACACUUGCUGGUCCAAAAAAUCGAGAAAACUCAAGAAAUGGCCUUCGAGCAAGUUGAUUGCAAAUGGUUUUAUUGUUCUUGGUGGUGCUAUCUGCCUCUCGAGAGGACAUUCGAGCUUGGCUACAAAGGUUGCCACGGCCUAUCUAUUGACCAAACUUACGAAGCAAUGUGCUUCAUCUCAGAAAGAUUUGUAA